AUGGGAAGAACUAGAGGGCCGAGAGUGGUGAUGUUGGCCUUCAGGGCGCCACCAGCGAUGGCCAUGACGUCCUUGGACAGGGAGACCCCCACCUUACCUCCGCCAUCCUCCUCCUGGUAGACGCAGCGGAACGCCCGGUCGUCGGCGCCGCGGUGGGUGCGUACAACGUGCAUCAGGCGGUACUUGGCCCUCUUGCGCUCGGCCCGGCGAUUGGACAGGAGGACGGCAGCGCCGCCGACGCGAAACAGGCAGUUGGGUAUGA